AUGAAAUUUUUACGACCAGCUGCUUUGUCUCUCCUUUCUGGGAUCGGGGCUGCAUCUUCGAAUACUAAUUGCUCGCCUGUCACGACUACUGUCUAUCAGCCCACUACUAUAACUGUCAAAGAACCUUCGGUCGUAACUUCUACCGUCACUCUUGGAGAUUACGGAGAGAGGUUCGGAACAACGGUAUAUCAGACAGUCACACUUGAGGGCGGAGCUACUGCCAUACCAAUUACUAUCACAGCACCUGCUCAAACCAUCACGGUCAACAAUAUAGGGACAGUAAUUGAAGGGGCUUCCGGAUCUAGUUCAUCAUCUUUGAAGUUUUUUAAGACUUCUACCCCUAUUCUCAGUGGAACAGUAUCGCUUCCAGGAGCACAGAUUACAUCUCUGCCCUCAGCUGACGCGAUUGGAGCAGUUACACAGGUGAACGUGAUAUCAGGGGUAUCCACAGUCCAGGUUUGCCCUACCGGUGCGUCAACUUAUGAAUGCACGGAGGUUGUUUACGGUUCAGAUGGAGAAAUCAUUGUGGUUCAGGUCAUCACUGUUGAUGUCACAAUAGAUGUUUAUGGUGAGGCUAGCACUGUAACAAUAACCAAGAUCGCAAGCGCCACUUCGACUCCUAGCUUACCACCUACACAUUCGGAAAGUCUAGUUAGAACUAAGACCCGUGAGCCAUCAUUUACCAGUAAACCUACCGCGGCACCUUACUCUUAUAGAAAUGGAAGUCACCUUAUCUACCCAACAGGCAGUAUCAGAACAGGAGCUAGCGGCUCACACAAACCCACUGGAACCGGAAAGCCAUUGAAGCCAAUACACGUCGUCUCAGUUGGUCAAAACGGUACUCUCUCCUUCUCGCCCCAAUAUAUUGAUGCGAAGAAAGGAGAUACUGUACGAUUUAAGUUCUACCCCACAAAUCACACUGUCACUUCUUGUGAUGUCACGGCCCCUUGCGUUAUGAAUGGUGUCGAAUGUGAGUCAGGCAUGGUAUUUGCCAUCAACCCUAAGUCGGGGACGCAAUAUGACGAAUUCAUAUCUGCUGCCAAAAGCAAGAAGACUACCACAAGCCAUGCACCAACCGGCACAUCAUAUUCAACCGGCAAGAUUAGAGGAACGGGCAGCGGCCGUCCCACAUCCACGCAUUCUGACUUGGGCAUUAGCGGCUCUGGUUCACCAAAGGUACCUUUUCCUACUGGUGGAUCGAAUACAACUACCAGCAGUGGAACUAGACUGCAUCACACCGAGACAGGAACAGGAUUGGCACAUUCAUCAAGCGCUCUCAAGCCAUCCGGCAGCUUUAAGCCAUCAUACAGCAUCCGCAGCUCCGGCUUCCCACACUCGUCAGAUUCCUUCAGACCAACUGGAAGCAUUGACGGUAGUGGCCAUGUAUUUCCAGCCAGUAGCGUAAGAACAACUUCCGUCUUGAGCAGCUCUUCUUCUACCACUAGCAGUCCUAGCUCAUCUUCACACUCGACCACUAGCAGUACUAGCUCCAUCGUCACCACUAUCUCUUCCAUCAACGAUUAUGUUGCUUAUAGCUUCCCUACUCCCGUCGUUUCAUAUGUCGCACAAAGCUAUCGAACAUAG